CCGGCAUCUCUGCCACGUCAUUCAGAAGUGCUCACCAAGCCAGGCGGAAACGGCAGCAGAAAACACCCACGCUGUUGUUCAAAUUUACGAUGUAGCCCAGCCUCAUUCACAACUAGUAGGUUAGCUACCCGGUUGUUAUCGUGCGUUACCUCAGUCUGAGAAUUCACCUGGAUCGUCUCUACCUGUGUGGCUACUUUAUUGAGAGAUUGUGGAAUGCUGCUGGACGAGAUUCCACUUUUUGAGCCCUCUCUGCUUCAGGAGCUAGAUUGGAGCAGCAACACUGUCUCCUUCUCUCCUUCCAUCUCCCCGUCCAGUCCAGGGGAAGGCCUGGUGCUGAGGCCGCUCUGUACAGCAGACUUCAAUAGAGGAUUCUUCAAGGUUUUAUCACAACUCACCCAGACUGGUGAUAUCACACCAGAGCAGUUCAUGAAAAAGUUUGAGCAUAUGAAGACGACAGGAGACUACUAUGUUAUUGUGGUGGAGGACACAAAUCUGGGACAUAUUGUUGCUACGGCCACACUGAUCACAGAACACAAAUUCAUUCACUCCUGUGCUAAGAGAGGCCGGGUGGAGGAGGUAGUAGUCAGUGACGUGUGCAGAGGAAAGCAGCUGGGCAAACUGUUAGUUGCAACUCUUACUCUUCUCAGCAAAAAACUGAAUUGCUAUAAAAUCACACUCGAAUGUGCACCCAAAAAUGUGGCUUUCUACCAAAAGUUUGGCUACGCCGCUUCAGAUGAGACCUACAUGCAGUGUCGAUUCUUUGACUGAGGACAACAGCAGCUUUACACCCUUUUGGGGCAAUGGACCUUAUCUUUAUACACACACUGACAUCAGAACUUGCAGCGACAGAAUGUCUGAAAAACUGGUAGAGCUGUGUGAGGAUGAGUUUGGGGUUGUGACGCUGCUGAGUCGUUUCCGAACACUCAUCCAGAAAAUUUUAGUAAACAUGAAUGUAUGUUGAAGCCCUCCACUCAGUCACACAUCACCUUCCACCCCUUUGGUAUCCAUGCUACCUCACCAGGGUGGAUCUCUGAUAUCAUCUUCCUGACCAUCUGCAGAGAUGAAUGUCAGAUAUCGCAAAUGUAAUGUCUUACACUGCUAAUGCUUAAUUUGCUGUGUACUGAGGAACAUAAAAAUAUUUGACUACCAUGCAACUGUUAAGUAAAUACCGUUGCUUGGGAAAAUAAGAUGGUACCAAAUUGAACUAAAUGAUAGAAGACUUACUGUAGAUAAUGAUUCAGACAUAGUAUCACACAUCUGUUGCAUUGAUCGUCAAGGACAAGUCACCAAAGAAUGUCAACUUCUUUUUCUUUAAAUGUGACAAGGAAAUAACUUUUCUAAGACACUUUGGGUUUUAUUGGGUUUCAUUUUUUCUAAUCAGUUAGUACAAAGUACAUCUUUCUCUCUCAGAAUACUUGUCUUUCGCUGACAGUAGUGCUACUGGAUUACUGUGAUGAAGGUUUGAAUUCUACAAGGUAUGAAGCAUCAAGUCGAGACUGUUAAAAUAAAAAACAUCUCCAGUGAACAACAACAAAAAAACGUUUUAUGUGGCAGUAGCAGGGAAUUAACAGGUUUUUGAAGUUUUGUACUUGGUUGAUCUUCACAAUUGCUAUUUGAAGAGAAACAUUUUGUGAUGGGAAAUGGAUAAUGAUUUUUGUAAACAAUCUCUUAUUUAAGCAUUUGUAGUUAAGUUUUAUAAUUAUGCUGUUAUUCUGGAGAACAGGGGAACAUAUUUAAUCUAAUUUAUUUCCAAAUAUCUAAUAGUCAAAUAAAAUAUUCUAUGGUCUACAA